AUGAUUGGUUUUAAUGUUGCUGAUUUAUCACCUGAGGAAUUACAGCGACUUUCAGUUAUUCAUAAAAAAAAAGCCAAGUUACUUGAAGAAAUACAGCUGAUAAAAGAAGAAAUGGAACAAAUAGAUGCACAAAUGGAUACCCUUGAUAUUGAAGAUGAUGAUAUUGGCACAAAAACAAAACAGGCCAUAAUAGGUAGGAAAAAAUUUAACAAUCAUCCUAAAAAAGGAUUAGAAUAUUUGUUUGAAUAUAAUAUUAUUGACAAAACAUCAGAGGCUGUUGCUGAAUUUUUGUUCAAUGGUGAAGGUUUAUCUAAAACAGCUAUUGGACAGUACCUUGGUGAAAGAGAUGAUUUUAACCUUGAAGUUCUCGAUAAAUUUGUAAAAUUACACGAUUUUACUAACAAAGAACUAGUUGAUAGUUUAAGACAAUUUUUGGGAAGUUUUAUGUUACCUGGAGAAUCACAAAAAAUUGAUAGAAUGAUGCAAUUAUUUGCCCAAAGAUAUUGUGAUCAGAAUCCUGGUGUUUUUAAUCAUGCUGACGUUUGUUAUGUUUUGUCCUUUUCUGUUAUUAUGUUAAAUACUAAUUUAUAUAAUCCUAAUGUUAAAGAAAAGUUAACCGCUGAAAAAUUUAUUAAUAUGUGUAGAGGAGCCAAUGAGGGUGCUGAUUUACCAAGAGAAUUUUUAUUAAGUUUGUAUAAUAAUAUUAAAAAUGAAGAAUUUAAAAUGCCUACUGAUGAAAAAGAUGAUCUCAUGAAUACAUUUAUUAAUCCAGAUAAAAAAGGAUUCUUAUGGAAGAAAGGAUCAUAUAAAACUUGGAAAAAACGAUGGUUUAUACUUAGUGGGAAGUGUUUAUAUUAUUUCGAAAAUCAGGGUGAAACUGAUCCUAGAGGAAUAAUACCAUUGGAAAAUGUUAAAGUACGUUUUGUUGAGGAAAAAAAUAAGCAACAUGUUUUUGAAAUUUUUUCAAGCACUUCAGAAGUCAUUAAAGCUUGCAAAACUGAAACUGAUGGUAGAGUAGUUGAAGGAAAACAUACAACAUACAGAAUGUGUGCUCCAACGGCAGAAGACAUGCAUCAAUGGAUAAAUGCUAUUCAGAGAAGUAUCAAUAAUGACCCAUUUUUUGAUAUGUUACAAUUAAGAAAGAAACGUAUAGAAACACAAAUUUCAGAAACAUCUUUAAAUAGUUCAAAAGAUUCGAAAUAA